UAGGGGGCGGUGUUGCAUCUCUAGGUUUUUCCCAAUGCACAGAAGAAGUAAACCGACCGAGAAAAAAUGGCGGAUGACAAGGAUCCUCUGAGACAGUUAAAAGAUCUAACUCAGCUCAAACUUCAGCUGGAGGCGAUCCAGAGAAGAGUGGAGAGUGAGGUGUCUGCAGGGAUUCCCCAGGGAAGCACAGUGUUGGGGUCUCCCUUCCUGAAGGGCUUUUUGGCCGGCUAUGUGGUGGCCAAGCUGCGCUCUUCUGCCUUCCUGGGAGUGCUGCUGGGAACUCUCACCGGCAUCUACGCAGCUCAGAACUAUCAGGUGCCAAACAUCGAAAGGACCAUUAGAGAUUACGUGAGCACAAUGAAAAAGGGGCCAAAGUAAAUUGGACUGACCUGCACUAGAUGAUAA